UGCAAUCAUCGAUUGGGGAACCGCUGUUUUGGCUAUCUCACUGAGAGUUGGGAGGGCAGGUAGGGAAAACGACCUGAUCAUGCUUUCAAAAAAAGAUCAGCUCGUAUCGGCAGAUGAAGAGAAGAUUAAAACGGUGGGAAGAAUGACCAAUGUCGCUUUCCGAUUGGGAAAGGUGCAUGCACUAGGAGAUGUCGUGGUGCUAGAUGUAAAUACCUACGACGUUCUUUUCGGACUUCCCGCUCUUGUGGCAUUGCAAGCGAACCAGGAUUUCAAGCGACGGUCAAUCAUCCUCCGAAAUACGGGAGGAAAGCCCUAUGCUGUACCGAUGAGACUGACCCUUCGUUCUACCAUCAACGCCGUUCCGCGAGUUUCGUUGAUGUUAGUGGGGACUCUCCGUAUGAUCGCCUGGGAAGACUCUGCAGAUGAUGAGCCAUCAUCGAAGGAUGCGGAUAGCAGUGACGAAAAUGAUCCGGAAAUCUUGAAGCUAGCGCGACAGCGUAUUUAUUACCCGCCGCCCCAAACGAUCGCAAGAACAAUGCACCUAACUAAUCGGAACAUCCAAAGAACCAAGGCGAUGAUUUUGGGUGAACCCCUCUGGGUUCGGUGUUCGAUGGGGAUUUGCAACGCGUUUGCCACGUUUCAGCGGGCGAUGAACAUGACAUUCCAGAACUUCGUCAACAAGACGCGACUAACUCCGGGAAUGAUCAACUUUUGCAUGAUCGUAUACAUGGAUGACAUCCUUGUCUACUUGGAGGCCUAUCACGGGCAUGCACAACACAUUGAGUGGACGCUGGGAGCACUGAGGGAGGCUGAAUUCAAGAUCGCACUCGAAAAGAGCGAAUGUUUCCUUUUGGAAAUUUCGUUCUUGGGCUACGUCGUGACGCGUGGAGGACUGCGGCCUGACUCGAGAAAGGUCGCGGUGGUAAAAGAAGCUCCGGUUCCCACGUCACUGACGCAGGUUCGAGCCUUCUUGGGAUUGACAUCGUACUAUCGACGUUUCAUCAAGGGCUUCGCCGCGAUUGCACGGCCACUAACGAACCUUUUACGAAAGGACCAACCUCUCAGUUGGGAUGCGGAGUGUGAGAAGGUCUUCGCGACCCUCAAAGACGCUCUGGCGAUGACACCUAUUUUGAUUCGACUGGACCCCUCGAAACAGUUCAUUCUUAUCACGGAUUGGCAACCGGAAGCUAUUUCCGCAAUUCUAGCGCAGAAGGGCAACGAUGGUCGCGAACAUGUCAUCGAGUACGAGUCGCGCAUGGUGCCAGACGAGAGGAGGAAUGAGUCAGCACCCCAAGGCGAAUGCUAUGCAGUAGUCUGGGGAAUCCAACACUUUCAUCUGUAUCUUUACGGGCAGAAGUUCCGCCUCGUGACGGAUCAUGAGCCCCUGCUGGACUUGAAGAAGCUCACUAAUUACACGGGCAUGAUUGGACGAUGGGCGGUACGGCUACAGGAAUAUGACUUCGACAUCGUCCAUCGGAAGACAGAAAGGCACGACAAUGCGGACGGACUGACACGUCUGCAUCAGCCCGCUAAAGUACCGAAGGGCGAGGAAAUCACCCCGUGGAAGGAGUCGGAACCGGCAAACGGGCCGAAAAACGGACAAGUGGCAGUUCUCCCACGUGGCACGAAGCAGACCAGUGGCAAUGGGUGACGGAGGUAAUCUCACUACCCCUCUUUCUCCCAUCUCCUCUUCAUCUAUUCUCUCCCUUCCUGAUAAAUUUUGCUAUUUUUG